AUGACUCAAUAUGUUCAGAAUUUUGAUGGCUGCAAAUGCUUCAUAGGAGACUUUAAUGCUAUUUGUUCCAAGAAUGAAAAAUAUGGUGGUCAGCCAGUAUUGAAUUCGAAUAUAGCAUACUUCAAUAAUUUUAUUCAACAGAAUCACCUGAUAGAUCUUGGUUAUAAAGGACCGGCUUACACAUGGUCAAAUGGUCGUUGUAUGGAUAAUCUUAUUCGACAACGUCUUGAUAGAGUUUUAACCAAUAUAGAAUGGUGUGUAUUUUUUUCUUUUGCCGCAGUUCUUCAUCUCCCAAGAUUAGCAAGUGAUCACGCUCCAAUUCUGCUGAAUACCUAUAGAAAUAUUUCUAGAUCUCCUCCCAACUAUAAAUUUGAAGCAAUGUGUCUUUCCCAUCCUGAGUUCUUGGAUAAAGUUAGAGAAUACUUGCCUGAAGACAGUGAUGAGAACAUUCAAUCCAAAUUAAGAAAAUUAGGUGGUUUUUUAACUGAAUGGAGUCGAACAAGAAUCGGUUGUGUUAAACAUAAGAUAUCUUUUCUGAAGAACAAAUUACUGAGAAUUCAAUCUUGGAGGCCUACAGCUGCUAACAUCCAAAGAGAAAAUCUAGUGAUAACUGAGCUUAAUGAUUAUCUCAUCAUGGAAGAUACAUAUUGGGAUCAGCGUAUGAAACAACAGUGGGCAAAAGAUGGGGAUAGGAAUACAAGACACUUUCACCUUUCUGUUCAACAAAGAAGAAGGAAAAAUACAAUCAUCCAUCUUUUGGUUGAUAAUCAAGUUUGCAAUGGUGUUCAUAAAGCUGUUAAAGAGAUAUUCGAAACUGCUUGCCUUCCGGAUCUGCUGAACCAUACGAAUAUCACAUUGAUUCCAAAAAUAAAAAACCCGGAAUCUCCUUCAGAUUUUCGUCCAAUUUCACUGUGUAAUGUGUUAUGCAAUAUUGCUACCAAAUUUCUUUCUAACAGACUGAAACCAUAUUUGGAGGAGUUUAUUUGUUGGUCUCAGAAUGCAUUUGUUCCAGGGCGUCAGAUUUUGGAUAAUAUCAUCAUUGCAAAGGAAUUUUUACACUCAAUGAAUAAUUCAAAGGCAAAAAAUGGUCACUUUGCAUUAAAGGUGGACAUGGAGAAAGCUUAUGAUCGUGACAGUUGGAGUUUCUUAGGUGAUAUGUUGAAGAUUAUGGGAGUUUCAGGUAUUGCACACUCUCUUAUUAUGACAUGUGUCUCAACAGCUUCCUUCUCCAUCAACUUGAAUGGUUCUCCUCAAGGUUUAUUUAGAAGUGAAAGAGGGAUUCGACAGGGAUAUCCACUCUCCCCAACUUUGUUUAUAAUAUGCUCUCAGGGAUUAUCUCUUCUUAUUAUUCAAGCAGAAAUCCAGGGUUUAUAUCAGGGAUACAAACUGAAUAGGUGGGCUCCUAAUAUCAAUCAUCUAAUGUUUGCAGAUGACUUAUUUUUCUUUGGUGAAAAUACAAGAACAAAUGUUAGAAACCUAAUGAAGCUACUGGAUGAUUAUGCUAAGUUGUCUGGUCAAAUGAUUAAUUAUGAGAAGUCUUCUAUUCACUUUAGUAAAGGAAUACAUGUAUGGAUGCGACAAACUACAAUUCAAGAUAUGGGUGUUAGAGAUAUGGCGGUGGAGGAUAAGUAUCUUGGUAUCUAUCCACUGAAAUCGGACUACCAAAUUUCUAGUUUUGGUUUCCUUGUUGAUAAGUUAACUUCAAAAUUGCCUGGAUGGAGAAUACAUUACGUCAACUCAGCAGGAAGAACAGUCUCUCAAAAUCUACUCUCUCUACAAUUCCUUUAUAUUCCAUGGGUUAUUGCUUGUUACCUAAAGGGCGUGACACAUGAAAUGAAAAAAGUUCAAUUGUUGCUUCUGGUGGGGACAUUCGCCUGA